AUGUCGUCCCCCGUUACUGGUCUCGUCGUGCUCAUCCGACAUGGUGACCGUCAAGGCUUCUACCAGUCGCCGUCCAAGUACACUGCCUCGCACACCAAUCUCACCGUCCUUGGAUACCUCGAGGAGCUCAACAGUGGUGCCCAGCUCCGAUCCCGCUACCUCGAUGCUAGCUCGCCCUACCUGGUCCAAGGGGUCAACACCACUGUAGCCGAGGGUGUCCAGGUCGCAGUGCAAGCGGAUGCCGGUGGCGAAGGUGGUGUUAUCGUAGAGAGUGCCAACGCCUUCAUGCAAGGUCUCUACCCUGCUUUCAACGACACGAUUGUGCUCGCCAACGGGACCACUGUAGCCUGGGGCAACCGCGCCCAGCUCAUUCCCGUCGAGACCAUCGAGCCGGAACAGUCGUUUGUCAUGGAGCCCUGGACGCAGUGCGACCAGUUUGAUGAUUUCAGCAACGAGUGGUACAACAGCAGCGAGUUCAAGAAGCAGAGCGCUCUGGCCCAACCCUUCUACGACUCGAUCCCCACCUCGAUCAUGGGCAGCCGCCCCAAGACGCUUGUCAACGCCUGGAACGUGUUUGACUACCUCAACGUGCAAAAGAUCCACAAUGCCACACUGGCGCCCAGCAUCACCGACAACAUGCUGUCCAAUGCUCUGACCUGGGCAGAGUAUCACGAGACCGGCCUGUUCGGAGUGACGGACCCCAAAUCAGUUGGAAGCAUCGCCGGUCGAGGCAUGCUCAACCCGCUCACCGAUGCCAUCAGCCGCGUCGCCAACGCUUCGGACCCGCUCAAAGUAUCGGUGUUGGCUGCCUCGUACAAGCCCUUCUUUUCGCUCUUCAGCCUGUUCCAGAUUUCCGACUUGCAGGGCAAGCUGGUCGACUACGCUUCGGCUAUGGUCUUUGAAGUCCACCAGGACAAGUCGAUCCAGCUCUACUUCCGAAACGGCUCGUACGGCGACUUGGAGCCGCACUCUGUGCUCGGUGCUUCCCCCAUCCCGAUGGAGACUUUCCUGCAGCACGCUGACGCGGUCAAGCUCGAUACGCUGGCCGACUGGUGCAAUGCCUGCGGUGAGACCGAAGCACGAGGCUGUGCCGCGCUCAACGCACUCAACGGCACGGGCAGUGGCGGCAAGUACUCGGACGUUACCUCAACCACCGGCAAGCACCAGGUGUCGCCCGUCGUUGCAGGUGUCAUCGGUGCUUUUGUCAGUCUUGCCGUGGCUUUGGUUGCUGUGGCCGCUCUGGCGUAUCUUACGGGCUUGACCGUGGUGAAGCGCAACAAGGCCAACUACUCUCGACGCCAGCAUCUGCUGACCCCGGGAUCCACGAGCACUGUGCACCGCAACAACAACGGAAACAGUCUCGAGCUUCGUUCUGACCUCGACCGCAAGGAUUCACGUGUAGCCUAG